UUCUCUGAUCUGUGUCUCUCUCUAUAUACAAAUAAUCUAAGGUCGUCGGGAUAGAAGGAAGAUGGCGGAAGGGUUGAAGCCGGCCGUGUUAAUGGUGACAGUGCAGAUAACAUUUGCAGUAGUGAAUGUGCUGUACAAGAUCUCUGUCUAUGAUGGCAUGAAUGUCAGAGUUCUUAUUGCUUAUCGUUUCAUUUUCGCCACUGCUUUCAUGGCUCCUCUUGCUUUCCUCUUUGACAGGAACAAGAAAUCAAAGAUGACCUGGACCGUGCUGUUUCAAGCGGCUCUCUGUGGCUUAUUUGGGGGGACGUUUCACACAAAAUUUAUAUUUAGAGACGCUGGCAUUAACAUCAGUGACGUUUUCUUCAGCGAUGUCAAAUCUUAAUACUGUAAUGACCUUCCUUUGGCGCUCUGCUUUAGAUUGGAGAGAUUAAAUCUGAAAGCAGCGGCAGGGAAGGCUAAGAUCAUGGGAAACUCUGAUUGGAAUUGGUGGGGCCAUGCUGCUAACAUUCUUCAAAGGUGCACAGAUACCCACUGCCUCCUUCCACGUCAACAUCUUGCAUCACCAACAUGGCCACGUGGCAUCAUCGAAUUCUUCCCCAGGUGGCAAACCAUAUUAGGUGCCAUCUGCGCCUUAGGCAGCAGCAUCUCUUUCCUCUCUGGCUUAGGGCUGUGCAAAGUCUCCCAGUCCUGUCUGGUCCAGUCCAACCCGAGAUGGUCUCAGUCUUGUUCGGUCUGUAUAGUCACUGGUCCUUCAGGACCAAAAGGACUAAAAAGACCAGACUAUUUUUUCGGGUUGGACUGGAC